ACCAGGCUGGCAAGCUCCGAAAGCAAGGCAGCUUUCGUUUCUGCCUUUAAUUCCCCGCUUUGAUGUGAUGACUCUGAGCAGGAGAUGGGUAUUCGAGAUCAGGUCGGGAGCUGUGGUGUUGUGUUCUCGUGUGUACAAACACAUGGGUCUGCUAUUCCUCAGGAUAUCUGCGGGACCCUGCUCUGCUCUCCCACUGCAGUGAGACCCCGUGGGAAGCCUGCCCGGUACCGAAACGCCGACAAACUCAGCUUAACCCACGUCACCCCUGGAGAACAAUAGGGGAAGGUUGUGCCAACGUCAUCAGCACCAAACCCGGGUAUCCCCAGCAACAGCAACACAAACACCCGUCGGGAUGGCCCAGUCCUGCUCUGCAUGCUGGAGGACACUGCUUCUAUACUCAGAAGAAACUCAUUUUUUUACUCACGGAUAAUCUGCGAUAGCUCAUGCGACACCCAGACAAACCCAAGCUCUCACCGCAAUCUGCUCCAGCUGUUGCCAUGUAUUUGAGGAAGUGUCUGGGACUCCUCUGCCAAACAGGGCAUCAUUUUUUCCAGACAGAGGAAAGUUAAUAACUGUCAUGAUUCAGGCGAGCAGUUCUUGUGAAACCAGCUCUGGGGAUGGUGCCUAGCCAAACAAAUCCUGUUGGCGUAGCCCAGCGCUCUGACGUGGUGCACUAUGCACGGGGCUAUAUAAACCAGGAAGCAAUCCAAGGCAAACGGCACACUUAGCUCUGCUGCAGACCAUACACAGCAUACAGUGAUGGAGAAAGCUAUUUCUGGCUGCUUUUUCCAGCAAAUGUAUUCUUCCCUGACUGGUAUUUCUAUGGAGAGAGACCACAUGAAAGAUCUCAGAAGAUACCUGGUACUUAAAUAUAUCCAAUACCUUGUCCUGUCUUCUUCAAAUGCUGUCAGCACCCUUCUGGGCUUGCUGGGCAGCUUGUACGUGACAAUCAUCCUGCAGUCUGCAAAGGUUUCGUCCAAGUCCACCACAGUUCUCAUCGCGAGUCUAGCAAAAGCAGACAUCCUGGUUUCUGUGAGCGUUGCUGCUGAGAUGGUCGCGUGGACCUUUGAUGUUGCUAUCUCAUCUCCAGCAUUCGCCUCGGCCCUGCUGCAGAACCUGCUCACUGCAAACGCACACAUCAGCGCCUUGCUGCUGAGCUGCGUUGCCCUCGAAGCUUACUUGAUCACCUUCUUCCCCACAGAGUCUCGCCAUCUGCGGACGGUGAAAAACGCCCGACGGACUUCCAGGAUCAUCUGGCUCUUGGUAGCCGCCGAGUGCAUCCUGCUCCAGACGGAUGACCUCCUGAAGGCCGGCGGCGCUCCUGCUCCCGUCUGCAGCCCUUUGGUGUUUCAUUUCUCCAGCAGCGCCGCAGCCCUCCUCAGGACCCUCAGUUACUUCCUGGGCAUUCUUCUAAGGAUUGUCAAUGUCUACUUCUACUACAAAAUAUUUUUCAGCAUGUCCAACAGAUCUGCGCUAAAAACAAAGUAGUGCAUAUUGCCAGAGAAGGCAGUGCUGUGACCCC